UCAAAUAUAAAUCAAAUAGAUCUUCACGAAAAUGCCGACAAAACAAUUUUGCUAUUUUUUUUGUAUAAUUUCGUAGUUAAUUCAGAACAGUUAUUUUCAGUUAUGUAAACAGUUCCGUUUGAGAAAUGGGAGGCAGUAAAAGGGAUAAAAAAGACAAAGAAGAAAGAAAGUCAAAGAAGCACAGAUCGGAUCUUGAUUUUGAAAGUUAUGACGUUGAUGAAGACAGUCAAGAUGUGGACAAUACAACAGAUAUCCCUGAUGCAGCCACAAGACAUGUGUCAGAGUCCACAACACAGGAAGAUGAGUUUGGUGCAAAAGAUUAUCGCAAAAUUCUAGAUCUAAAGCUUGACCAUGCUUCCAGACCUCUCUGGGUGGCACCAGAUGGUCAUAUAUUCCUAGAGGCAUUCUCCCCUGUGUAUAAACAUGCCCAUGAUUUUCUUAUUGCCAUAUCUGAGCCUGUGUGUAGACCUAGUCAUAUACAUGAGUACAAAUUGACAGCUUACUCGCUGUAUGCGGCGGUAUCUGUUGGCCUAGAAACCAAGGAUAUUAUUGAGUAUCUAAGAAGAUUAUGUAAGACUACACUUCCCACUGGAAUUGAAGAAUUUAUUAAGUUAUGUACAUUGAGUUAUGGAAAAGUGAAAUUGGUGCUAAAACACAAUAAAUACUAUGUGGAAAGUCAGCAUGCGGAGGUUGUGCAGAAGAUGUUGAAGGAUCCAGUGAUACAGGAGUGUAGAUAUCGUCCCGAGUUGGAGGAGGGAGAAAACACAGAAGUGAUACAGGAAAGUGUAACCAAACCUGCAACAAUACAGUUCAACAAACCAGUCACAAAUGGUUCGGUACCCGGCCCAAGUACUAGCAGUAACCCUUCCGCAGGACCGUCUGGUGAUGAUGGUGCAAAGUCUGUGGAAACUGAAGCAGUUCCGUCAGAUAUUUUUGAUUAUUAUGACAAGAUGGAUAACGAAGAUGAAGAAGGGGAAGAUCUAAAAACUGUCUCGUUCGAAGUGAAACAGGAUAGGAUAGAAGAUAUCCAGAAAAGGUGUAUAGAGUUGGAGUACCCUCUGCUGGCAGAGUAUGACUUCAGAAAUGAUACCCACAAUCCUGACAUCAAUAUAGAUUUGAAACCAUCAACAGUAUUAAGACCAUAUCAGGAGAAGAGCUUACGAAAGAUGUUCGGUAAUGGACGUGCUCGGUCCGGAGUGAUUGUGCUACCAUGUGGUGCGGGGAAGACUCUUGUCGGAGUGACAGCAGCGUGUACUGUCAGGAAACGGUGCUUGUGUCUUGCUACAUCAGGUGUGGCUGUAGAGCAGUGGAGAUCUCAGUUUAAGAUGUGGUGUACAGCAGAUGACAGUAUGAUCUGUAGGUUCACUUCUGAUGCUAAAGAUAAACCUAUAGGUUGUUCCAUUUGUAUCAGUACUUAUUCCAUGUUGGCCCAUACGAUGAAGAGGUCAUGGGAGGCUGAGAAAGUCAUGGAGUGGAUGCAGAGUCAGGAGUGGGGGCUCAUGGUGCUGGAUGAGGUGCAGACUAUACCUGCCAAGAUGUUCCGGCGGGUUUUAACGAUUGUAAAUGCACAUUGUAAGCUGGGUCUUACUGCAACACUGGUACGAGAGGAUGAUAAAAUAGCUGAUCUUAACUUCCUGAUAGGACCAAAACUGUAUGAGGCAAAUUGGAUGGAACUGCAGAAUCUCGGUUUUAUAGCUCGAGUGCAGUGUGCAGAGGUAUGGUGCCCUAUGACACCUGAAUUCUACAGGGAGUAUUUGACCACUAAACAGCAGAGAAAAUUGUUGUUAUAUGCGAUGAACCCAAACAAGUUCCAGGCAUGUCAAUAUUUGAUCAGAUACCAUGAGAGAAGGAACGAUAAAAUCAUUGUGUUUUCGGAUAAUGUAUUUGCCCUGAAGAACUACGCAAUCAAACUGAACAAACCUUAUUUGUAUGGACCGACAUCACAGGGAGAAAGAUUACAAAUUCUGCAGAACUUUCAACACAACCCUAAAGUCAACACUAUAUUUGUCUCAAAGGUUGCAGAUACAUCUUUUGAUCUCCCAGAGGCAAAUGUAUUGAUACAGAUUUCAGCCCAUGGUGGUUCUCGCAGACAGGAAGCCCAAAGACUUGGUAGAAUUCUCAGGGCAAAGAAAGGAGCUGUAGCUGAAGAAUAUAAUGCAUUUUUCUACUCACUCGUGUCACAAGAUACAAUGGAGAUGCAGUACUCCCUCAAGCGGCAGAGGUUUCUCAUCAACCAGGGAUACAGCUAUAAAGUUAUCACAAAGCUUGCUGGAAUGGAAGAGGAGGAACUAGCAUAUACUACCAAAGAGGAACAGGCACAGGUGUUACAGAAGGUGAUAGCUGCAUCAGACCAGGAUGCCGAGGAGGAGAGAAUUGUGGGAGAAGGUUUAGGCGGGAAAUCUGUUAUGGGGAGAAAAGUUGGCAGUAUGAGCUCAAUGUCUGGAGCAGAUGACAAUGUGUACAUGGAGCUGUCAAGAAAAUCAUCCAAUAAACAUUUACAUCCCUUGUUCAAAAAGUUCAGAAAGUGAAACUUGGAAACUAAAAUGCAGGAUAAACUUUGGGUCGUUUUCAUGGACUUUGUAUCUGGCAUGUUAUAGUAACUGAAAUGUUAAUUUCGGAUGCUGGUAUGUUAUUUUUGGUAGCAUGAAUGCAGAAUCUAGUGCUCACACAAUUGUCGACUUACCUCAGCAGGACCAUCAGUGCUGUGUAUAUAUAGUGAUCAUUAAUAAAGCAAUAGUUUAAUGUUAUUAAGAUUUCAAUUCUUAUAACUAAAUCAUUUUUCCUUGCCAAACAUUUAAAUGCCAUAAAAUCUUGAGUAUUUUAGGCACCUAUUAAAUGUCUUAACAAAACAUGAUUAUAGAUAGGGUUUUCCCAAAAUAAUAGAUCAGACAAUGUUAUACCACACAACCAGAAAAUGGAUACUGUCUGAAAUUAAUGCAAACGCUUAUGCAUUUCUUGAAACACCUAAAGAUCUGGUGCAUUUGUAUAUCUUUUGGCAGAUCCUGAAAGCUAUUGCAGACAUUUUGUAACAAGUUCUCAUUACUAGCAGAAAUUUGUACAUUUUUGGUAUUGGUCAAUUCAAAGAAGUUUAUGUAGAUCUUUGAUUUGUACAUUUAUGUUUUGAUGAACUUGUUAAUAAAUUAUCAAAGCUUAAA